AGAGAGAGAGAGAGAGAGAGAGAGAGAGGGGUGGAGAUAGCACAGUGGGACUGUGAGGAGGACGAGGAGAGGAGAUAGAAUCCAUUUCUCUUUUCCUCUCUUUGCGUCUUCAUUCAGCCAGUCUUGUCUCCUCAGCAUCUGCUCCAUCUGUCAGACAUCCAAAGACUUCCCUCCUUCUUUUUGAAGUGGUUUUGUACCUUGUGGAGUUAAGAGAAAAACUUUAGGAGAAUAACAAGAAGAAGAGGGGCUGUGAGGAACAACAGCACCAUGGCCUCAUGGUUGAACUGGAAUGAGCCAUAUUACAGGAGUCCCCGCAGAGAUCCAGCUGACGUUGUCACCGACACCCUGAUGCUAGAGUUCAACUGGCAGCUGAAGGAGGCCGAGCGGCAACAGAAAGAGAGGGAGAAUGAGUACCGCCGACUCAAAACAGGGGUGGAUUACAGCUGGCUGGCCAACACACCUCGCUCCUCCUUCAGCAUUAGCACAGGGGAGAAGCUUGGCUUGGAGGACCUCUGCUCCAAGGUGCCCCCACCCUGCUGCGGGCUCGUCAUUCUCAAGUUCAGGGAGGUCUUGCAGGCCAAUGAGCCCGAGGCUCAGGAGGUGUCUGGCCUGUUUCGUUCUGUCCUCUUAGAGGCUCUGGAUAACCUCAAGGAGGAGCAGGAGGCGCAGAGGCUCACCCGCCAGUGGAACAACAAGCGUGCAAUGAGCAUGUCCUUCAUGAACUUCAGGUCCCGCAUCAAGAUCAACCCGUUUGGCAGCACAGUAGGCCUGACCACCGCCGUGUCCGAUGGAGCCGGGCUGAGCGACCUAAAAACCGUGUCAGAGGACGUGGAGAGAGGGAUGGAGCGAGAGGAGAGGGCGCAGAGGGUGUGGAGCAUGCCAGACUUCAGAUAUAAAGGUGCCAGCACCAGUAAGGUUGUCUGAUGCGGGUGUUCACAGACAGUGAUGGUGGACGUUUCAGUGGGACAGAUGCUGAUCUCCAGGAACACCUGUUGCGGUGGCUUGUGUCCGCUUUGCAGCAGGCGAGGCAGGAUGAAUCCUGUAAUCUUCCACCUGUUUCAGUAUGAGACCAAUCAGCAUUUCAUUCACUCACUGUUUAAACUUUGCACCAGAAAGAGCAAUAUCAGGUGUUUUUUCUCAGAAUAACUGUAACUUGAAUUCUUUUGUAACCUGUUCCUACUUGAUAAGAGAUUAUAACCUCCAGCAGUGAUGUGUCUUGUAUUCUGUAGACACUGAUAUCUACGCAAUGAGGGCUAUUUAUUGCAGCCUUGUAGGUGUUUGUGUAAUCUAUAUGCUUCUUGAGUCCUACAAUCAAAUAUAGGAAUUGAUGCUUUUAUGUUACACGGGGAGACUGCUGCAGAGGUUGAUGAUCUCAAAAGACUGAAUGUGUCACAAGAGAUCUAUGUAUAAAUGUUACACAUGUAGUCCUGAGGUGAUUUAUUGAAAGAAGUCUACGGUCACAUUGACAUCUUCCAGAGGGUGAGUCAUACUGUCUCUCCACAGACUGCACUUUGUUUUCUCCUAUUGGCACACAAGAGACAGCACAAGAAUUCAUCAUCCAACAAUGUCAGGAAACUGAAAGCUUUCCUCCUUUUGCAGGAAGACAUCUGAAGAGAAACCAAGCAAGCAAACAAACACUCCAUCAUCAAAUUCAAGGUUCAACAGUACACAUGUUUACUCCAUCAUCCAUAUAAAGCCAUCAGCUUGUUUCAUACAGGAGGACAAACAAUUUGUAUCACAAAAUGAUAAAAAUGACUAAUAUUUAAACAAUAUUCUUAACAGAUUUUAGAUCAGACAAAUGUCAGAAUAGAUUUUACAGUUUCCAUCCAACAAGAUGUUGAUGUGAUUCUCAUAUUUACAACAAAAAGUACGGAUAAAAAGCUAUGAUAUCAGUACACAAUAAAAACACUGAGGUUCCCAUAGCUAACAUGUACAAUGGAAAAGUAAUGUUCAGUUAUCCACAAAAAUAAAUGUCUGGGCAGUCCUAAUCAAGCGAGGUUGACAAAAAAAAACAACAGACCAGCAGGUAGAAAAGACUGAGUUAGGUGAUUGUGAGUGAAUAUCAGCCGGGGAUUGUAACCUACAAGUUGGCUGGGUUUGUGUAGGUGGAAAUAAGUGAGCUUUACAAGCCUCUCUAGUACAUAUCUCAUAUUGAAGCUUAAUGCUACAAUAGCUGCUUGCUACUAGCAUAACACACCCAAGUCUUGGCUUCAGCAUACACCUAAUGAUCGGCAUCCAAAGACAUUAAUGAAAGCAGUAAGACUGAAUAGAAAUGUAUGGCGUAAAGUCAUUGUGAUUGGACCGUUAUCUGAUUGUAUCCAUUUGUCUGAAACUGUAUUUUGAUUUUACGUGGGUGUAAAUGCACACCAAACAACAUGCAGGGAUCUGUGUCUACAUCAUCACUCUGCUCUUGAUAACAGGUGGUCCUCUGGAGAGCAGAGAUCAGAUCUCAAAGGAAUAACAAGAGCCCAUCAGGUGCAGACACAGAAGGGGGUUCAUAUUGUGUUCACUGGAAGAGAGUUCAGAUAGACAUCUUAGUUUUGAAGAGGAAUAAAAGGGGCGUCAAAGGACGUCAAAUCCAAUCCCAGGAGAUUGGCAGUUCAACCUGAUCCAAUUUUAAAUACGUUUUCCACUUUCAUCUGAUCUAGUUUGCCCCAGAUAAAUAUUUGGUUGUCACUUUUCAAAAAAAGCUUAUUUUUACAUUUCAAAAGAAAUAAGACUAGGGCGGAAGAAUUGGCCACCUGAGAGGAUGAAAAUUAAUCAUUUCCUCUCCAGUCACUGUUGGAGCUUCUUCGUCUCCGGCUCUGUGCUGCCCUGGUGUCUCAAUGCCAGUCAUAUUAUUACUCAUCGUUUCUUCAGCGAACCCUUCAUUUUGUUCUUCUGCUAAGAUGAGAUGUUGUUUCCUGAGUCUGUUGAUGUGUUCAAGCUUGAAGCACCACAACUCAGUGGCAUCACAGGGUGGAGUUCAAGAAUUCAAGAAGUUCUGCUCGAUUUUUAUCCCGCUGGAGCACAAACAAAAAAAGGGAGGGGGGGCAUGAGUGAGCCAGGGCAUCCAAUCAAUUCAGAAGCGUAUAAAAAAGGUACACUUGGUGCAAAAAGACAAUUAAAAGGUGAAUUACCUGUUUGUCUUUCUUUGACUUCUUUACCUUCAUCUUUAU